UCUGCCUCACUUUUCUUUCCUUCUUUCUCUCAGAAUAAAUAAAAAUGUUUUUCAUGACUAUCAUCAGAGUUUUAACAUGCUAAAUUGAUGCAGUAACUUUCCAUGGGACAUCUGUGCAUCUACUGGACUCCAUUUUAGAAACAGAGUUCUCGGAAAUGCUUUGAUAAGAUGGCUGAACCAAGGCAGCGUGCUUUAUCUACAUCCGGAGAAGCACUCUAUGAACUUCUGGGUCUUGAGAAGGGGUCGUCCCAUGAUGAAAUCAAGAAAUGCUACAGAAAGCUGGCUUUGAAAUAUCAUCCUGACAAGAACCCCGAUAACCCAGAGGCUGCAGAAAAAUUUAAAGAAAUCAAUAAUGCUCAUGCAAUACUAACUGAUGUUUCCAAAAGAAACAUUUAUGACCAGUAUGGAUCACUAGGAUUGUAUAUUGCUGAACAAUUUGGUGAAGAAAACGUCAAUACAUACUUUAUGCUUUCUAGCUGGUGGGCAAAGGCCCUGUUUGUUCUUUGUGGCCUUUUGACUGGCUGCUACUUUUGCUGCUGCCUGUGUUGCUGUUUCAACUGUUGCUGUGGAAAAUGCAAGCCUAAAACACCAGAAGAAGAGCAAGAAUUCUGCAUGUCUCCUGAAGAUCUGGAAGAGCAAAUUAAGAGUGACAUGGAAAGAGAUGGAGAAGCUCCCAUUCUGCUUCAGCCAACAAAUGCAUCUGAGAAGACCCAGCUUAUUGGAGAUAGUCGUCGCAGCUAUCAUACAGAUUCAUAAACUAGUUAUCGACAGAUUCUUACAGAAUGUCACCAAAAGAGUUUGGCAUCGUAAAGCACGAUUAAAACAUUUUCACACAUGACACUAGGAAGAAUCCUGUACUAUAUACAUGCAUGGGAUUAAGUCCUAUUGAUCUCAGCUGACAAUGGGCCUACUUCUGAGAAAGCAUGCAUAGCAUCACAUUGUAAGAGCACAUUUGAGAUCUUCAGUCUCUCUCUUUACUUGUAUGUAUGAAUGUUGCUGAAUAUGAAGUGGGAAAGAGCCUUUUCAAAGAGACGGUGCUUAUAUCAAACGGAAAAAACUUUUCUUGUGUCAUCUGUGAAAAUGUCUCUAGUUUUAAUCCAUAAUUGCACUUCAUUUACAGUUUAGGCAGUGAUUAUUUAGAUGUAGUUCUUUCUUUAAUACUAGGAAUGUUAUAUAUUAAUAGACUCACUGACUUCAUUUUCCAUCACAGUAUUGCAAUCAUAUGGAUCAUAGUAUACAUUUUCUUCCUCAGUUUAUACUUUUACAGCAACCUCCUGAGAUUCUUUUCAUAAUUAUGAAAAAUGACUCUUAGUCUUCCAUUUGAGGAAUAUAUAUGUAAACCAAAAUACAAGGACAAAGGGAUAUUUUGCCCAAAGAAAAUAGUUGCAAGAUUCUGUCAGCUCCUUGGAAAAAGGACUAGACAGUUAAUCAACAAAUAAACAGAUUUGCUUUCAUGUCUGUUGGUACUAUGACCAAAGCAGCGAUUGAUUAUUCUUUGUAAGCUGAGAUAGUUCCCAAAGAACAGUAAAUGAAAGAUAAUUGUAUCUGUCUUUAUCAGUUGAAAUUCCUGCUUCUGUACCCUAGUUUGGUGCAUUUGUGUUAUAUUAAUGCAGCAACACAUUAAUCUUUGGUGUACACAAUGUUUCUUCACUACAAAAUCAAGUGAAAUUAGCAAUCUACAGAUGAAUAAUAAGCCAUUCCAGACACUUGAGGGAUACAUGGCAAACGGAAAGUGAUAAAAUGUGUACUUCCACACCUACACACAUCUGUGCUCACAACAGCAGCUGUUUAGGUUGUUUACUUAAAUAUUUAUAAGUUGAGUUAUAUGUACAAAUAAUAUAUCAGUAUCUAUUAAUUUAUGAAUGACAACAAUCCUAUUACAAUGGAUAAUGAUAAUGCUUCUCAUUGGUUAGGAAUUUCUUCCUUGACUCUGAUAGCUAUGGAAAGUGCAUAGAAACAGCUUGUUGCAACCUGAAUUUGUGCAAAGAUUAUGAGAAACUCAGUACAGAGGUCUUCCCUGGAACAUUCUUUUGCUCCAGAAAGUGAGUUGAGCCAGGUUCCUUCUUUAUACAACAUACAUGAAGUAUCUACACAUCUGUAUAACUGAGGACUGCUAGCUAAUAAUUAUUUUACAGUAAUAGAUUGUGUACAUCCAAGGAUAGUUUGCUGAUGUGUCUUUGGAGUUGAACUGUGCAUGCCCAAAACAAAAAGCAGAGAAGGAAAUUAUCUCAGUUUAUUAAGACAAGUGGAAUCAUGGCUAUAGUCCUGUAUACAUACAUCUAGGAAUAAAGCCCAGUGAAGUUUGUGGGACUGACAUCCAAAUAAGCAUGCACAACAAUAAGCUGGAAAUGUAAUCAUUUUGAGUACAAAAAAUAUAGUAAUUUGUUUUUUCACAAUAUCACAUUGAGAAUAAAUCUAGUAAUAAUGACGAUAGAAGCACUCAGUUUUAAUGAAAGUACUCAUGUGUAAGACCUCAAGAACAGGGCAUAUUUUAAAUAUCCUAAAUUCAAUAUUUAAAUUGCAAGCCAUUUGACAACAUGUCAGUUAUUUUUCAUGUAGCUUGUGUGGAGCUGUUCAUUGUGUGUGCAGAGCUUUAAGACAUAUCAGGCAAUUAGCAACAAACAAACUCUGCAUCAUUACAAAUUUUAAAUAUGUUCACUACUUGGGAAAAUUACUUUUUCAAUUACAGCUUCCAAAAUGCCCCCAGCCAGGAUAACCAUGCUAUUUAGAAGAUUCUAGGAACUGUUACCUUUCCCAAGUUAUCUAUAUUACAUUGAAUGCUUCUCAUUUUACAUAUCACAUUAUAUCCAUAAGCUGUCUGUAUUGCAUUUGCAAGUAUUUAGCAUUGCUCUUCUGAAUUUAUUGCCCUACUAAUUUCAAAAUGUACCAUGUACACUGAAUUUUU